GCUGUGUGUCCCUGUGUCUGUGUGUCCCUGUGUAUGUCCCCAUGUCUGUCCCUGGGUGUCCCUCUGUCUGUCCCAUGCCGGGGUCCCUCCCGCCCCUCUCUGCAUCACCUCCUGCCCCGUGGCACUGCCAGCAGCCCCUUCCCUCCUGUCUCUCUCUCCUGCAGUACAUCGAGGCCAUCAGCAACAAGCAAGGGGAGCUGGAGAACUACGUGUCUGAUGGCUACAAGACAGCUCUGACGGAGGAGAGGCGACGCUUCUGCUUCCUGGUGGAGAAGCAGUGUGCGGUGGCCAAGAGCGCCAUCACCUACCAUGCCAAGGGGAAGGAGAUGCUGACGCAGAAGCUGCCGCUGUGGCAGCAGUCCUGCUCGGACCCCAACAAGAUCCCGGAGCGCGCCAUCCAGCUGAUGCAGCAGAUGGCUGCCAGCAGCAAUGGCACCAUCAUGCCCAGCCCUCUGUCCACAUCCAAGUCCAACCUCAUCAUCUCUGAUCCCAUCCCUGGUGCCAAACCUCUCCCUGUCCCCCCGGAGCUGGCACCUUUUGUAGGAGUAAGUAUCCCUGUGCUGGAGCUGCCCUGCCCUUUGAGCAAAGGCGGAGGGACGAGCCCGGGCCGGUGUCACCGCUGUCCUCGGCAAGUUGUCCUUGGAUGGGCUGGCACUGGUGGCAGGGAUGGCAGCUCUGGGCCAUCCUGGGGUGUGGGGAGGAGCCUGACCUGGCACGGGCAGCCUGUCCCACCCCAUCCCACUGAGCUCUGCAGAGCAGGGAUCCCAGGCGCCUUUGGGGAGCCCAGGAGCUGGACCUGCCUGUCCAGGCUGGUCCCUGAGCUGUGGGACUGAACCCAGGUACCCCAGAAACUGCAGGGAAAGGCCUGGAGUGACCCUUGGGAUGAAGGACCCUUCAGAAGAGGGUGUCCCACUGGUGUGAGGACACGAGCUGAGCACAGAGCUCAGCAGGAAAUUGUCAGGUUAUGGGAGCUCAGAGCAAUAAGAUACCACAGAGGAGACUCCACUGCUCCUCCCAGAGCAGUUUGGUUUGGCUGGAACUAAACCCAACAGGACAAAGCUCUGAUUUGCCUCUGUCUCUGGAGCUGUGUCCUGCUGGGGAGCUGCAG